GCAAAACAGAAUUCAGGAAAGUGUCAAAGUGGGUCAUUUGUAGUCUCAGGACAUUGCAUUUCAUAGCCGCGUAAAUGCUCUUCCCGCUCAGGCAAGAGUCACGUCUACGGUUGUAAAGUGGAUCUCAAGAUGUCUCAUUCAAAAUGUGUUUUAGCCGAUACCAUGAAGAUGACAUGGCUUAUGGAGGGCUGUGUCAAUGGUCAUGCGUUCACCAUCGAAGGAGAAGGCACUGACAAACCUUACGAAGGCAAACAAACAGGGACGUUCCGUGUUACACAGGGCGGACCCCUUCCAUUUGCCGUUGACAUAGUGGCACCGACUUUAAAGUAUGGAUUUAAAUGUUUUAUGAAGUACCCUGCUGAUAUUCCUGACUAUUUCAAGCAAGCAUUUCCCGAGGGUCUGACAUACGACAGGAAAUUAACAUUUGAAGAUGGAGGGUGUGCCACGGCCACCGUGGAAAUGAGCCUCAAAGGCAACACUCUUGUGCACAAGACCAAUUUCCAAGGUGGCAACUUUCCCAUCGACGGGCCUGUCAUGCAAAACAAGACGCUUGGCUGGGAACCAACCUCGGAGAAAAUGACUCCUUGUGAUGGAACAAUCAAGGGAGACACUAUCAUGUACCUUUUGGUCGAGGGAGGGAAAAUGCUGAAAUGUCGAUAUGAAAAUAAUUACAGGGCCAAGAAGGUGAUACAGGAGAUGCCACCGAGCCAUUUUGUGGAUCUCCGCCUUGUGAAAACCAACCUUGAUAAGGAAGGUUUGAAGUUUCAACUGGAAGAACAUGCCGUAGCAAGAAUCCUCGAGGUUUGAGGAUUACUGGGGAGUCACUAUCAUUGUGAGUCUCGACAUUGUUUGUACAACAACAUGAGAUGAAUAAAGAAGAGCGUUUUCAACCUCAAA